AUGCCAUGUUAUACACGAUUUGCAAUUGCAGGAGCCAGCGGCACCGUCGGCACUCAUUUCCUGCGCGAGUUUGAGCACUCGGUGCACGGCUUCGACGUGACGAUUCUCACUCGCAGAGAAGGGGGAAACGAGCUUUUUGCCCAUGAGUGGGCCAAGAAGGGUGCCAAGAUUCGUCCUGUCGAUUAUGAGGACGAGACGGAUCUUGUGAGGGCGCUCAGUGGGAUAGAGGUCCUCAUUUCCACGGUCGGAGCAAGCGGAUUCACCCUCCAGGUGCCGUUAGUCCGAGCGGCUAAGAAGGCCGGUGUGAAACUAUAUGUGAACAGCCAUUGGGGCACACCUUUGACGGCAGAGGACCUACCAGAAUUCGCCCCGCUUGAUGAGUUGCGGACUGCUGCUCUGAGGGUGGCAGAAGAAAUCGACUUACCAUGGUGCGAGUUCCGGACGGGGUUAUUCCCGGAGUACUGUAUACCUAUUCCGUACGCUGCGGGGUGGCUUACGAGAAGGCUGAGUGAGAGGCGAGCAACGAUAUACGGCGAUGGGAAUGCCCAGGCAUCAUGGACAACUCAAUUCGAUACCGCAAGAUAUGUGCUGCACGUGUUGCGACAUUUGCCGUUUGAGGAGUUGCACAAUCGACGGUUCAAUAUCCAAGGCGAUGCGAAGUCGUUUAACCAAUUGGUCAAGUUGUACGAGACGAAGCAUCCAGGCUCUGCUGUUGAGGUCAUAUAUCGUCCUCUAGCAGAGCUCGAGGAGAAGGUUGCCAACAGCGAAGGAGACGACCGCUUCUGGGAAGCGCUCAUGUUGGCAAUUGUCACCGGAAAGGCGAAGCAUCGGGAAGAGACGCUGGACAACAAGGAAUACCCUGCUUGGCACCCGAGAGGUGUUGCGGAAGUUUUGUGA